UGGAAGGAAGACUGCAUGACCAUGGCCGCAGCCACCCGCGUCCGUGUCGCGCACUUGUUGAGGCAACUGCAGCGAGCAGCAUGCCAGUGCCCAACUCAUUCUCAUACUUACUCCCAAGCUCCUGGAUUUGCACCUUCUGGGAAAACAACAGAUUAUGCCUUUGAGAUGGCCGUUUCAAAUAUUAGAUAUGGAGCAGGAGUUACAAAGGAAGUGGGAAUGGACCUACAAAACAUGGGUGCUAAAAAUGUUUGUUUGAUGACAGACAAGAACCUCUCCCAGCUCCCUCCCGUACAAAUGGUUAUGGACUCCCUAGUAAAGAAUGGCAUAAAUUUUAAGGUUUAUGAUAAUGUGAGGGUGGAACCAACAGAUAGAAGCUUCAUGGAAGCAAUUGAAUUUGUCAAAAGCGGAGCUUUUGAUGCCUUCGUUGCUGUUGGUGGAGGCUCCACCAUGGACACCUGCAAAGCCGCUAAUCUGUAUGCAUCCAGCCCUCACUCUGAUUUCCUAGACUAUGUCAAUGCCCCCAUUGGGAAGGGAAAGCCUGUGUCUGUGCCUCUUAAGCCUCUGAUUGCAGUCCCAACUACCUCAGGAACUGGGAGUGAAACUACAGGAGUUGCCAUCUUUGACUAUGAACACUUGAAAGUAAAAACUGGCAUUGCUUCCCGAGCCAUCAAACCCACACUGGGACUGAUCGAUCCCCUGCACACCCUGCACAUGCCUGACCGGGUGGUUGCCAACAGUGGCUUCGAUGUGCUUUGCCAUGCCCUGGAGUCCUACACUGCCCUCCCCUACCACAUGCGGAGCCCUUGUCCUUCAAAUCCUAUCACCCGGCCAGCAUACCAGGGCAGCAACCCAGUCAGUGACAUCUGGGCCGUCCACGCACUACGGAUCGUCGCUAAGUAUCUGAAAAGGGCUGUCAGAAAUCCUGACGAUCUUGAAGCAAGGUCUAAUAUGCACUUGGCAAGUGCUUUUGCUGGCAUUGGCUUUGGAAAUGCUGGUGUUCAUCUGUGCCAUGGAAUGUCUUACCCAAUUUCAGGCUUAGUGAAGACAUAUAAAGCAAAGGAUUAUAAUGUGGAUCACCCACUGGUGCCUCAUGGCCUUUCUGUGGUACUCACCUCCCCAGCGGUAUUCACUUUCACAGCACAGAUGUCUCCUGAACGGCACCUGGAAAUGGCAGAAAUAUUGGGAGCUGACACCCGCACUGCCAGGAUCCCAGAUGCUGGGCCUAUUUUGGCAGACACACUCCGGAAAUUCUUAUUCGAUCUGGAUGUUGAUGAUGGUCUAGCUGCCAUUGGUUACUCCAAGGCCGAUAUCCCUGCAUUAGUGAAAGGAACGCUGCCCCAGGAAAGGGUCACCAAGCUUGCACCACGCCCUCAGUCAGAAGAGGAUCUGUCUGCUCUGUUUGAAGCUUCAAUGAAACUAUAUUAAUUUUCAUUCUCGCUGAUAGAAUUACCACUGGCCAUCACAGUCCUAACAACAGAAGCCAAGCUAGCCAGAACUGUCUUUUCAACUCCACAUAAAACAUACCUGUUACCAGUUUUGAAUGUGAUACAAACUUAUCCUGCAAAAGAUUCCCUGUGCUCAAAGUCAAGCUACUUCCAUAAAACGGUGGGAAAAUGACCACUAUGUCAGACCUUGGGCUAGACUUUAAGGAUCCAUGUUCCUGCCCCAAACCCCACAGAUUGCCACUGCUCUAUUUACCAAAUGGGCAAAAACUCAGUAUCUAUCAAAAACAUAAAUGUACAUAUCCUAUGCCCAGUAACCCCAGUCUAGAAAUUUAUCCUAUAGAAAUACUAGCAUAAGCAUGUUAAGAAGUAUGUCAAGGGUGUUUCUGGCAGCACAUUUCCUAAUAAAAAAUACGAAAGAACCUAAAUAGUCACUAAUAGUAUAGAGAUAAAUCACAGUAUAUUAAGUAAUGGAAUGCUAUAGUGCUAUCAGUAAGAAUGAGAUAAAUCUAUUGGAAAUAUGCCUGUGAUAUACCACUAAACUGGAAAAAAGCAGAACAAUUAUAUCUUUACAUGGUCUGACUUUUACUUACUAAAUUAUAUAUAAAUAUAUGUCUAGAGAGACAGAAAAGGAGACAUGUCAAAAUAUUAAAAGUUAUCACUGGAGAAAUGGAAUUUGGGGUACAGAGAAUUGAGAAAAUAGUCACUUUAUGUCUUAUACUUCCUGUUUUUAUUUCAUCAACAUCUAUAUUGUUUGGCUUUGUUACAACAAGCACAUUUUCUGAUUUUAAAAGGGCCAAAGAAAUAAAGGGGCAGAACAGAAAAAUUCCACCUCAUUGUUUUAGGUCAGAUUCAUCUUAAUUUAUAAAAGUACUAGUAACUAAUAUUUAAGGAUUAAAACAGACCCAAAGAGGUAAAAUAUUAGAGACUGAUCCUCAGAUAAAUAAAUUGUUCCUUUGAGAAAAACACUAACAUCCUACACGGUAAUUCCCUCUUUGGAAAGAUAUGUUUGGUGCUCAGAAUAAAUUAAUUCAAAAG